GCUGGAAUCAAGUCUGGGGACCUCCUGGUGUCAAUCAAUGGCAAGAAGGACUUUGCUGGGCUUUCAGCAUCGGAGAUCCUCCAGAGGAUGCGGGGAGCGGUGACGUUGGUCUUCCUUGGUUUCAUCGGCAAGUGGCAUGCAGAGGUGCGGCUGAACACCAAGGAGUGUCCAUGCGGCUUGCAGUCCGAGAUGCCCAUCGCCUUGGGCCGGCCCGAUGCACCUUUGCAGGUCUAUGAGGAGAUCGUGUUUCAGCCCACGACGGCACCGCUCCUGUUGGCAGUUCCGCCGGAGCCCGGCUGCAGGGAGACAUGGGAGAAGUGGAUGAAGUGGACGACUCCAAGGAAAAACGAUGUGGCCUCGGAUGCCACGCCUGAAGACGUCAUGGACCCGGCGCUGGACGCCGAGUCGUUUCAAGUGAGCAUCG